UUUGACUCACGUAUCUCAACCUGAUUCUAUGAAAAUGGAAGACGGGGCUGCAGCUGCUGUGGAACACACUACGAACGAUCAACAACGUCAAUUUAUUUGCGGAGUAAUUGAGGGCUUCUAUGGUCGGCCAUGGACCACCGAGCAGCGCAAGGAUUUGUUUCGCAAAUUGAAAAAACUAGGCAUGGACUCGUACAUGUAUGGGCCAAAAGAUGAUUAUAAGCAUAGAGCAUACUGGCGCGAGCUGUAUACUGUUGAGGAAGCGGAUCACUUGUCAAGUCUCAUAGCGGCGGCGAAAGAGGCAGGUAUAGUCUUUUACUAUGCGCUUUCGCCGGGCCUAGAUAUGACGUAUAGCAGCCAGAAGGAAAUUGCAACCUUAAAGCGCAAGUUAGAUCAAGUUUCGCAAUUUGGCUGUGAGGCAUAUGCGCUGCUCUUUGACGAUAUCGAAUCCGAACUGUCCAAAGCGGACAAAGAAGUAUUUCAGACAUUCGCCAAUGCUCAGGUCUCAGUGACCAAUGAGAUUUACACGCAUUUGAGCUGUCCCAAGUUUCUCUUCUGCCCAACACAAUAUUGCGCUUCACGCGCUGUGCCAAACGUUGUGGACUCAGAGUACUUGAAUACCUUGGGCUGCAAGUUAAACAAUGAGAUCGACAUACUCUGGACGGGCGACAAAGUGAUAUCAAAGAUCAUAACUAUUGAGUCAAUACAAGAGAUAACAGAGGUGAUCCGUCGUCCGCCUGUUAUUUGGGAUAAUUUGCAUGCAAAUGAUUACGACCAAAAGCGUGUGUUUCUGGGGCCAUACACAGGUCGCGCGCCAGAGCUAAUACCAUAUCUGCGAGGUGUAAUGACCAAUCCAAAUUGCGAGUUCUAUGGCAAUUUUAUAGCAAUACACACGCUAGCAUCUUGGUCACGUUGCAGUAUGGAUUCUAAAAUGAAUAGCUCGGUGAGCGCUGAUAUUAAGCUGGAGACUGAAAAUGAAGAUGAGCUGCCUGUGGAGUGCCUUUCGAAAAACAUCUAUCAUCCACGCCUGGCGCUUAAAAAUGCAAUAAAUGAGUGGCUGCCCGAAUUCUUCAAAAUAAAAGAGGCCUUUGGACCUAUUACCAAGCCGCAGCCACAGGUGGAAAUGGUGAUGCCCAUAAUACCCAUAAUACCUUCUAUCAACACCUGUAUGAGUCUGACGACAACCACUACCACUACUACAAAUACACGCACUGUGCCUGAAGUGAACACCACACAGCUACAGGCCUUAGCGGAUAUUUGCAGUACUGUUAGCUCAGCCAUGGCGCCAAUUUCGAAUCCAGUGAUGAACUCCUUAGUAUCGCCUACAAAAGUUGUAACCAACGAUGAUAUUUUGAAUCCAAUACCAAAUGCGGUUGCUUCAUCUAUUGAAUUACCAGAGAAGAUACCCAUAUCUAUUGUGCCAGUGCCCAUAAUGGAAGCCAAGGGCGUUGACUGUACUAUAUUUGAUCCGCCCAAUGAGAGCGCUCCUAAAGAAAGUCCUGUGUUGGAAGAUAUUGUGCUGGAUGAAAAGGGCGAGCAACAACCGAAUCCAAAUGAGGACACUAUGUUGGAAGAGAAUAGUUUGAGUCCAUUAAGCGCAGGCUUGAAUGAACCUAUGGAAUGUAGCAGCAGCAUCAAUUCGCAGGUCUCGCCCAAGCAAACUAAAUUGGUGUCGGAUGAUGUGGUUAUGAUGGAGGAAUCAACAAAUGACUUGAAUACCAUGCAUGUGGAGAGCACUUCAUCAUCGCCCUUAUCGAAUGCAGAGAUGCGCGAAGAUGACCCAGAAGCCAAAUCAAUUGAUGUUGAGAAUAAGAUGACUAUCGACGACUUAUACCUGCUCUGUGAUCUUUUUUAUUUACCCUUUGAGCAUGGCAGUCGUGGCCUUAAGCUACUCAGCGAGUUCCAAUGGCUUAAGACAAAUGCAACUGUGUUGCUCCAAGAGCGUGCCGCUGGUAGUGGCGAUGGGGUUAAGAAUUUGAAGCCUGAGAUUAGCGAGUGGUUGCAACGUUCGGAUAUAUUCGAUAAACUUUGUGGCAAUGUGCAACAGCUGCUGGUGAAAAUAGCCAAUUGUGAGAAUAAGGAAAUAUGCCAUGAUUUAUACUCUUAUGUCUGGGAUAUAUCAGGUGCGCUAUCGCUGCUCAACUGCUAUAUCAAGUGGCUGGCAUUGGGCCAGUUUCCACAAAAUUCAGCUGCCUACACAGAAGGCAGUUACACCUGGUUUAGCAAAGGCUGGAAGGAAGCAUUUAUGUCGGGCGAUCAGGAGCCUUGGGUAUUCCGCGGUGGACUCAUUGCUGAUCUGCAGCGUCUGAUGCCCGUGGACUCGGGUAACGAUUUGUUCAUAUACAAGCUGCCAGAGCAAGCCACACCCAAUUAUCAUAUGCUCAGACCCUAUAACAUUGCCGAUGAACAACAAAUUUCAAAUAUUUGCACGCGCGUCUAUAUGCAAUGGAAUAUGCCUACCGUUGAGAAGGAUCAGCUGAGGCUGCCUACACACCUUUCCGAUAUUGUAGCUGAUGGCUUAGUGGGCGCUCACAUAACAUUGCAUCCGGAACUUUGCAUUGUGGCUUUUGACAAGAACGAUACUAUUGUGGGUUAUGCCUGUGCUGCCUUAGAUGUGAAUAAGUUCCAGCGUGAUGUGGAUGUUUGCUGGCUUCCCGAGAUGCGUGAAAAGUAUUCCAAAGCUUUGUUGGAAAAUGAUGCAGAGCACAGCACAACUUUACAGCCGCUGGUGGCACAAUUUGUGGAAAUGUUCCAUAGCACUAUAGUCAGCUGUCCCUGUGAAGUCAGCAAUUCAUUUCCGGCGGUCCUAAGUGCUGCCACUCUUCAGCAGGCAGAGCAACUGGACAAUGGUAUUGCCAAGCGACUACUAACGGUGCUACUGGGUGCCCUGCGCGCCAAUGGCUGCUUUGGCGUGCACGUCUGCGUCCCCGAGCAAGAUGCCGAGCAAUUGGGAUUUUAUGCAAGAAUUGGCUUUAUGGAGGUUUAUCGCGACGAAAGCAACAAGCGUGUGUAUUUAGGCCGCCGUUUCUAGCAGUCGCUGCAAAGA